CGCGAAGUCUUCAGCUUAGGUUCAGUUUCGGUACUAAUGUCGAGGCGCACGGACGCGAUUGUAUGAACGGUCCGGAGUUAAAUAUACCCGUGCAUACGCAGUUUUCGGCAGUCUGUGAUUAGUGAUAGGCCGCCUUUUUUGAACACCCAUCUUAGUCCGCGCGUCUUACCGCUAGUCUGAGGAGGGCCCCAAAGGGUCCUUUAAAUGACGUUUAGUAAUUAGUUUACGGUUGAACGCAGUGAGACGUUGUCGGCCAGAUGAAGCCGUUGCACAACCCUCAGUGCCGGGUGGUAGUACUGCUGCUACUCGGCUUGGCGGCCAGUCCAGCUUGGUCGUACAAGAUUUUGGGACUAUUCCCACACCCGGGCGUCAGCCAUUUUUACUUCUUCGAGCCGAUUCUGAAAGGAUUGGCUGCGGCCGGACACGAAGUGACUGUUGUAAGCCACUUCCCGAAAGAUAAUCCACCGCCGAACUAUAUCGACAUACCGCUGGAAGGCGUUAAGUUGCUGGCCAAUUCGGUUAGCUUUGAGCUAUUCGAAUACCGACCGGCAUUCUCGCACUACAUGGAAUUCUUCCUGCUGUACGACUGGGGCAAGCAAGCGUGCGAAAACGCACUCAACUCGGCCGCUAUCAAACAGGUACUGGAAUCAAAAAUCCAAUAUGACCUGAUUCUGGUGGAACAAUUCAACACCGACUGUAUGCUCGGUGUGAUCCAUCUACUGAAUACACCAUUCAUUGGUCUGAGCAGCUGUCCAAUGCUGCCGUGGCACUACAGUCGAGUUGGCAAUCCAAUCAACCCAUCCUACAUCCCGUCACUGUUCAUGGGCUACUCGGAAAAGAUGACCUUCACUCAACGAGUGGCUAAUUUCAUCUCCGCACAAACCUUCAAGGCCAUGUACAGUUGGUUCAACGACAAUGCUGCUAAUGCACUGCUCAAACAACGCUUCGGAAACACCGUACCCGACGUCAAGGAGCUCCAGAAACGAAUCAGCAUGAUGUUCGUCAAUCAGCACUACUCGCUAAGUGGCCCUAAACCGCUGUCCUCGACUGUGGUUGAGAUUGGAGGAGUUCACAUUCAGGAGUUCAAAGAACUUGACCCCGAACUGAAGCAGCUGCUGGAUACGGCCGACCACGGAGUGAUCUACAUUAGCUGGGGAUCGAUGAUUCGGGCGGAAACUCUACCGGAUGACAAGCGCGAUGCGCUCCUGAGUGCACUGGGUUCGCUUAAACAGCGUAUUAUUUGGAAGUGGGAGAACGAAACCCUGCCGAAUAAACCGUCCAAUGUGUACAUCAGGAAGUGGCUGCCACAGAAGGAAAUUCUAUGUCAUCCAAAGGUUCGUGUCUUUAUGAGCCACGGUGGACUGAUGGGAACAUCCGAAACGGCUUACUGUGGAGUUCCAGUGGUCGCGACUCCUAUGUACGGAGAUCAGUACAACAAUGCCGCUGCGAUGGAACACCGCGGAAUGGGGGUGGUUUUGCCGUACGAACAAAUCACCCGCGACACGGUCUACGAAUCGCUGAAGAAGGCCCUCGAACCGACCACGAUGGAGAAUGCCAAGCAGGUUUCAUACUCCUACCGUAACCGGCCAAUGACCCCGAUCCAAACGGCUGUCUGGUGGUGCGAGCACGUGAUCGCCACCGGAGGUCUCCCGUUGGCCAAGUCGCACUCCACCGAACUGCCGUGGUAUGUGUACCACCUGUUGGAUGUCAACAUUGCCCUGCAUGCGUUCAACAUUGUGUACCACCUGUGCUGGUUCUGGUUGGUCAAGCGUGUUUGCUGCCGGGGCGUUUCGGCGUUCAGCGAACCCAAGGUUAAAACCAAUUAGUGGAGUGGAUAAGUUUGAGUUACGAAAAGAGACUGUAGUAAGUAGGGAUGCCUGACAUCAAUAGAAUCGUUUUCUAAGUGCAUUAAUAUGUUGUGUUUGCUGCUAUCCAUAUUAAAUUUAGAAUUUUAUUUUAGAUAAUCUCAAAUUGAUUCAAAAUUAAUAUUGGAAAUAUAACAAAAUUAUACCUGUGAGCGUGAGGUCUGUUGCUAGUGCACUUUACAAGUUGACUGAGUUUUAGGAAGGUUUGAAUGAAAUAAAGAAAGUAUGUUGUAUUUAACUAUCA